GGGGGGGGGGGGGGGGGGAAUCCAUAUCACAAGAAAGUUCUCUACUUGUGCAAAAUGGCAAAUGGUGUGUGAAUGUCCUGCUUAACCUGUUUCUCCAGAUGGUUACACCAUCAAUGGAUCUGACGUUCCUUUGCACUUGAUUCUAGAAACAAACUAUUUAUGUUAUUUGAAAGAUUGCUGGUUUAUUAUAACUCUUAAAAGGUGGAAACCGUAGCGGUGAAUCUACCACGCCCGUUUGUGUGAUAUUACAACAACAAAGAAUUUACUUAAAACAACACUGUUUUUUUUCCCCUUCAUAAUGAACAUCAUUGAACAUCAUUACACACACGAUAGGACAGCAGAGUAUACUGAGUGUACAAAACAUUAAGGACACCUUCCUAAUAUCGAGUUGGACCACCUUUUGCCCUCAGAACAGCUUCAAUUCGCCGGGGGGUGGACUCUACGAGGUGUUUAAAGUGUUCCACAGGGAUGCUGGCCCAUGUUGACUCCAAUGCUUCCCACAGUUGUGUCAAGUUGGCUGGAUGUCCUUUGGGUGGUGGAACAUUCUUGAUACACAUAGGAAACUGUUGAGCGUGAAAAACCCAGCAGCGUUGCAGUUCUAGACACAAACGGGUGUGCCUGGCACUUACUACCAUACCCAGUUCAAAGGCACUUCAAUCUUUUGUUUUGCCCAUUCGCCCUCUGAAUGGGACACAAACAAUCCAUGUCUCAAGGCUUAAAAAUCCUUCAUUAACCUGUCUCCUCCCCUCCCCAUCUAUACUGAUUGAAGUGGAUUUAACGGGAUCAUAGCUUUCUCCUGGUCAGUCUGUGUCAUGGAAAGAGUAUGCAUCCUUAAUGUUUUGUACACUCGGCGUAUGUAAAAAAUUUUUACCACACUUAUUGAGCUCCUCUUCUCCAUUUCAUAAACAAAACAAAAACUAUAACAAAUGUGCCUGGGGCGACCAGUGGCACCUUUGUGUAGAUCUCAGCUUUAAAUUCGUGCUCUUUCUGUAUACUCACAACAGAGGAGGCUGCUGAGGGGAGGACAGCUCAAUAAUAAUUGCUGGAAUGGAGCAAAUGGGGUGGCAUCAAACCAUGUGUUUGAUACCAUUCCACUGAUUCCACUCCAGCCAUUACCAGGAGCCCGUCCUCCCCAAUUAAGGUGCCACCAACCUCCUGUGACCCACAAGCCUAUAAUGGAAUUAACUGAGUCUGUACUUCCAACUCCAUUUUCUGCCCUAUGUUUGUUUGUUUUUAUGUUUUCAGAAAGUGUCUUAUGUGAUGGAUACCUGGAGUAUUUUCAUUUUUUAUGACAGUGAAUAAAAAAAACGAUUCAAACAUCAAACCUUGGAAUCACUCUCGUGCUUCAAAGUUGAUCUGAAUCAUAAAGCACUCACUAAAGAUGCCAUACCUUGAUAAGCUUUGCUAAACUAUUGCUCUAUCUUUAUCAUCAAUCAGCAGCAUUAGGCUACUUAAAGUGUCCCAAAAUAAGUAUCUGUUCACUACUGUAUACAAAACAUCAAACGUUUAGAAUAAACAUCUUUACCAUUAGAUCAUUAAUAAUUGAUGGAAUUGUCGUUCUUGUAAAAUAGAUUUGUAUUUAUAAAGUACUUGGUAAGAUAAAAGUACAACAUAAUACUUGUUGCUUCUGAGAUGUACAGCUGCAGAAGUCAAGUUAUCUUACCUACAACAGUGUAGCAGUGACACCUAGUGGAUACACCCCAUAUAGACCAGAAGCAUCCGAAUAUCAAGGCGUGCUAAUUAGCUAAAUGGCAAUAUAUUUCACCUGUUUACGUCCACUUUUAGCGGAAACGAAAAGAAACAUCGCAGGAAAUAAUUGACAAUAGCUGGGACAGUGUAGGAAGCCGACCUGCUUGCUAAAUAGUGGAAAAAGUAAACACAACGUGACACAAAAAUGUCACGAAAUCAUUCAAAGUUCAUAUUUGUACGUUCACUACUACUUGCCAAUGGUUUAUUUACCGCAAACUGCGACCUGUCCUGGAUAAAUAACUUUAGGAAUGACGCUUACAACCCUCCCGAUGACAGUCAUGGUAAUGUGGGCAACGCCUUCUUCGCGCUGCGAAGUUGCCACCAGGUGAUGCGCGGCAAGAGCGGCGAGUUCUUCUCCCCAGACUACCUGUGCUCCAACCCACCUCUCUGGUGCAACUGGACCAUCCAGGUAGACCCUGGUAAACGUGUACUCCUCCACCUAGAGGACUUCACCCAGUCAGACGCAUGCAGCGGGAAGCUGGACCAGAUCCACCUGGACGAGCCCCUGGGGGUCGCGGGGGGUCACAGGAUCCUGGAGAAGUGUUGGCGUGAGGCCAAGUACACGUCCCUCUCCAACAUCCUCCACGUGGUUCAGCUGAUCAGAGGCAAACCCAGUCCACCCCACAGGGGCUUCUAUGGGCGAUACGAGGCGUUCGUACCGCCAGUCACGUACCAUGCUUAUGGUGAUACCACCGAAGAAGACUGGAAGCUGAUGACUGAACCAAAACCGAUAGAACUGGAACCCUUUCCCUCUCUGGGAAGUUUCACCAAGUUUCUUCCCGUGAAGAGGGGUGAACCUACGGAGGGCAUUUUACUGGAGAGCCCCACCCCGCCAGCUCAGACCAACCCGGAGUUGGUGUUUGACUAUUUUGACCAACUCACUUCCUCCUCUGUGUCCAAUGAGCUUCCACCAUGGGAAGCAGAGGAGCAAAUGGUCAGAGAGGGGCUCUUCAAGUCUUCUCCUGUUCAGAGAGAGGAGGAAGUUUGGAACAGAGGAAUCUCAGAGGGGACUGAAGCAGACGAGAGCCACCUGACAAUGGAAGACUGGAAAGUGGGUAACUUGAGUGGAGAUGUGGUGGACCGUGAGUCCCAUCUGCACUUGACUCCCACUCCCCACAUGGUGGUCACUCGUCAUGGGACGUCAGGGAGGGAUGCCACUCGGACCCACACAGCACACCUUGGAAGUGACGCCUCCACACGCCAGCCCCCUGUUUUGAAUCCCAAAUCCUCAUUACGCACUCCGUCUGCUAUGCGAAGGAACGUGGAUGCUCAAACUACAGAUUCCAUUCCUCCUACAGAGUUGAACAUCGUGUCACACACAACAGAGGUGGAUGACCAAGGUGAGGAUUCUGGCAAUGAGGAAUUGCUGAAAAUGACUCUGGGUGAGUCUACAGCAUCCAGUGACACUCAUACACCCACUGAUACCCAGGAUCCCUUCAACCAUCUCCCAAACAUGGUUGAACCGUUUUUCGACAGCAGACGUUAUGAGGAAGCCAGAAAUCACACCGAAGUAUCACACUUACCAGAAGACUACCUAUUUGAAGUGGCUGUUGAAGUCAACUUCCUUGUGACGCCAGAGGAGAAUUGGGACCAUCUUGUGAGAUCACUGUUGAUCUCUGUGGAGUCUCUGGUUAAUGAGCAGUUGGAAAUUGUCCACAAACCCAAAACCCUAUCCUCCAAAAGAAUAAAAAGGUUGAGUGCAGGAGUGCUUUAUAUCCUCUGGCUGCAUAUUGGGGGUGGGCCAGAAGGGGUGAAGAUUCACAGGACCCUGCACCUGGCCCUGCAGGAGCUGUUGGAGAUGGUGGUUAGCCCCAGGGACAUCUCAACGCAGGGUGUCAUCGUCUCUGUAUCCACCGCUGAUGUGAAUGAGUGUGUGACUCAGCUGGUGCUGUGUGACAUCAACGCUGAGUGUGUAAACCACUUUGGUUCCUACUCAUGCCGAUGCCACUCCGGGUUCAAGGACAUGUCUAGACUGGGCUCAGGUGGAACCAUUUGCGUGGACACCAAGGCCGCUGAUACGGACCGGCACAACGAGUCGAAGAUUACGGUGGAUCAGCAUAGUCCUGAGCAGCAGCAGCGUAACACUGGCUGUACUUCAGUGUGGUCCAGCGGGAUGGUCAAAGGCAUCUACGUGGUGUGCUUCCUGCUCAGCUUCCUCAUCCUGCUGCUCCUCGGUACCGUGGGCGUGCUGUACCACCGCCACCACCGGGGGGCCUUCCUGGUCCACUGUCGGAGCAGCAGCCACGGGAGCGUCCCCCCCAUCCCCCCUCCUGACUACAAAAACGACGGCAACGACAACACUUCCAUCCGCACCAACUCGGAGCUGCCCCCUCCGCUCCCACCCAUACAGCGCCCUAAGGAGAGCUGUGCUCGCUCUAAGGAAGGCUGGGCUCACCCCAAGGACUGCUGCCCCUCAGUGGACCUGCCCCUGCUGCGCUUCAGCCCCCUGCUGCCUCUUGAUGGGUACAUGGAGCCAGGGGAGGGUGUCAAGCUUUGAAGAGAAGAUUGCUCUGUGAUUGUCCUGAAUGUGCAAUGAGAGCAUUGAGACCCCGUUCUGGGCAGGUUGACUUCACUGUUUCCUAAGUUCAUUGUUUUUCUGUUUAUCUUUGCCUUUUUCUCUAUUUUGAUGAAAUAUCUUGACUGUUAUUACUUUUUGUAUUACCUUGUCUUUGUGUGUAGUUUGGAUGUGCUACUUGAUAUAUUCUUUGGAUCAUUGUAUAUAGUAUAUUUAACAGAGUAACUUCAAUUAAAUAAAUGUUAACUUGG